ACAGCAGAGGAACAGCUGUUGACUUGUGGAGCCUUUGUGUCCUGAGCUGGCCUGGGCUCCUGUGCUCUCUUUUCCCUCUGAGGUGCUGCUUAGUGAAGAGGAAGCCAUGGCCCUCCGGGUCACCAGGAACACGAAAAUUACUGCUGAAAAUAAGGCGAAGAUCAGUAUGGUAGGCGCCGAGCGAGUGGCUGCAUCCAAGGUGGGGCUGAGACCAAGAAUGGCCCUCCGAGACAUCGGCAACAAAGUGAGCAAGCAGCCACAGGCCAAAAUGCCUCUGAAAAAGGAAGCAAAAGCUUUAGCUGUUGGCAGAGGAAUUGCUAAAAAACUACCAAAACCUGUGGAAAAGGAACCCAUGCCUUUGGAGCAGGAGUCCAAACCUGAGCUAGAGCCUGAGCCCCCAAGAGAAGAAAAGCUUUCACAUGAACCUGUUUUGGUAGAUACUCCCUCUGCAAGCCCAAUGGAGACACCUGGGUGUGCUCCAGCAGAAGAAGAUCUGUGUCAAGAUUUCUCUGAUGUAAUUCUUGCUGUGAGUGAUGUGGAUGCCGAAGAUGGAGCUGACCCAAACCUCUGUAGUGAAUAUGUGAAAGAUAUCUAUGCUUAUCUGAGACAACUGGAGGAAGAGCAAGCAGUUAAGCCAAGAUACCUACUGGGUCGAGAAGUCACUGGAAACAUGAGAGCCAUCUUAACUGACUUGCUAGUGCAGGUUCAAAUGAAAUUCAGGUUGCUGCAGGAGACUAUGUAUAUGACUAUUUCUGUUAUUGAUCGGUUCAUGCAGAACAAUUGUGUGUCCAAGAAGAUGCUGCAGCUGGUUAGUGUUACUGCUAUGUUUAUUGCAAGCAGAUAUGAAGAGAUGUACCCUCCAGAAAUUGGCAACUUUACCUUUGUGACUGAUACCUAUACUAAGCACCAAAUCAGACAAAUGGAAAUGAAGAUUCUAAGAGCUUUAAAUUUUGGUUUGGGUCAACUUCUGCCUCUACACUUCCUUUGUAGAUCAUCUAAGAUUGGAGAGGUUGAUGUUGAACAACAUAUGCUGGCCAAAUACCUAAUGGAACUGACUAUUUUGUAUUAUGAUUUGGUGCACUCUCCUCCUUCUCAAAUUGCUGCAGGAGCUUUUUGCUUAGCACUGAAAAUUCUCAGUAAUGGUGAAUGGACACCAACUCUACAGCACUACCUGUCCUACACGGAGGAUUCCCUCCUCCUUGUUAUGCAGCAUCUGGCUAAGAAUAUAGUCAUGGUGAAUUGUGGACUUACAAAGCACAUGACUGUGAAGAACAAGUAUGCCACAUCAAAGCAUGCUAAGAUCAGCACUCUGGCACAACUGAAUUCUACAUUGGUUCAAGAUUUGGCAAAAGCUGUGGCAAAGUUUAGCUUAUGAACUCAGAAUACUGUAUCUUCAAAUAAACUUGGCACCAUGUGCUAUCUGUACAGACUACAUUACACAUACUUUUAAUAAAGUUUAUGGUCCUUUUUUCUCAAUGGCUACUUCUGCUCUAGGAUAACCUAAAAGUAGUCUGAAAGGUAAAUUGUGGAGGAUACUAAAUGACAUCUUACCUGGGGACCCAACACAUCUAUAUAUUCCCUGCAUGAAUACUUCGUUCUCAUUUUAUGUACCUGGCUUUUACUUUACUGUGAAGUACUAAGCUAAAGUAAAAAUCUUAAGCACUUCAUUCCUAGUCCCUGUUUCUUUUGGUUAUCACUGUCAUCAGCUUUAGCUAGUCUCAACUUUUUCACUUGGGGAAAGUAAUAAUUUGGCUUUAACUUGGCUCACUUUUUAUUUGUUAAAAAUACAAUAACU